AUGGCGAUCGCGCGCAGCGCCGCCGCCGCCGCCGCCUCGGCCGGGGACGACGAACCCCCCGUGCAGCCCGAGCCGGCGGCGCAGGCCCCCGACGCCGCGCCGCCGCCCCAGCCGCCGCUGCGCAUCGCCGUCCUGCUGAACUCGUACCGGUCGCAGCUGAUCCCGGCGCUGCGGGCCUCGUACGAGCGCAGCAUCGGGGCGGUGGCGCCGGCGGGGACGCAGGUGGCCUUUUUCGAGCCGGCCAACGGCGUCGACCCCGGACCCGGCCCGGCCGACGCCAGCAGCAGCAGCAGCAGCAGCGAGGAACCGCCGCCGCCGCCGCCGCCGCGGUUCCCGGACCCGGCGCGCUUCGACCUCAUCGUGCUCGGCGGCUCCAACGUCGACCCCCGCGCCUCGCCCCCCUGGGUCCUCGACGUCCACGACUUCCUCCGCCGCCUCGUCGCCGAGUACCCCGACAAGAAGCUCCUCGGCAUCUGCUGGGGCCACCAGACGAUCGCCCGCGUCUUCGGCGGAAAGGUCGUCGAUGCCGCGCGCCCUGAGGGCGCGUACAAGCGAGCGCGCUCGCUUUCGGCGCUGGGCGAGGUGCGCGGCUCCUCCUUCGGCGCUCCCCGCACCCUGCGCCUGCAGCAGCACCACCGGCGGGAAGUCGCAGCGGCGCCGGCGCCGCAGCCGGCCGGCUUCGCGGCGCUGGCGCGCGGCAACCAGUGCCUGCUGCACGAGCGCAACACGAUCCUGACGUUCCAGGGCCACCCGGAGAAGGACGCGGCGACGGCGCGCCUGCGGCUGCACGACGCCGCGCGCUGGUUCGGCCUCGCGCCGCCCGGCGCCGCCGCCGCCGCCGACGCCGACCCCUGGGCCCGCCUCCGCGACCGCGUCGACCGCGACCACGACGGCCCCGCCGUCUGGCGCCGCGUCCUCGCCUGGGUCCGCGAGCCCCCCGCCCCGCCGCCCGACGCGCGCGCGUGCGCGGGUGGCGGCGCUGCUGCCGGGUUGGCCGCCGCUGAUAAGGGGAGCAGGAUCUGAGCGCGAGAUUCGAGGGUUUUUUUUUUUAACUUUUCGGUUUGGUUUGGUUUGGUUUGGUUUAUAAGGGGUGAGGGCGCGGGUCGCUGGGCCGCUGGGCGGCGGAAGCUGAGAGUCGCGCGACACCUCUUUGACGUCGACCCCCCUUCUCUCGACGUUGGAUCGAGCGCCAGACGGGCGGGGGUAUGCCCGGGUUCGCGGCUAAGGACGCGCGCGAGGAGGGUUAUCUCGGACGGCGGGCCCGGAGCUGAGUGGUGGCGGGGGGGGUUGGGGUUGGGGUUGUAUUGGUAUAGAAUGUCGACAUAAGGGAGGGAGGCAGCGGUAGAGCGGGGAACUACAUAAUCGGGACAGCGAAGCGAAGUGAAGAAUAUAAUAAGAAUGUGUCGCGUAGAGGUUGCUCCUCUUCGUUACUUACCUCAGAAAUAGGAGCUCCUAUAUAUACGCUUCCGUUACCCCCUUUCCUUUAAUUAGUUCUUAGAUAAAAUAAGACCUUUUCUCCUUUGCUCCUCCUUCCGUUACUCGUAAGAUAGCUCCUCGCGCGCGCUCUCGCGUAUACGUAGUUCUAGUUACGUGAUAGAAUGACAAUAAUAAGAGAUUCGGU